ACGUUCAGUCCUUACUCGAACCCUUACACAACACCAAGGAUUAUUAUUCUCUCCAUCGGAUAACGAGUCAGAAAAAGUAAUCGAGAAGAGACUGAACACCCUGGGCAGGAUACACCCAAUGACCAAAAGUGUUCGAGGCCUUUUCCCAGGAAAAAGAAUCGUCGCGGAAGUGUCGGUCGUAAGUGCUGAAGGAGAAAGAAGAAAGAAGACUCAAGUGAAUUCCCAGUGAUGAGAUAAAGUUCUUAUUUAAAAUUAAAAAAUGGGAAUUUUGAGCAUAAUAUGCAUUGCUUUUGGUCUCAUCCAGCUGGCCAUAAGCACUGCUGAAACCUUUGAGACGCCUGUUCACCUUUACAAACCUCCUUCGUCCCAUAAAUCUCCAAAAGAGCACAUUUUGAUCAAUGUGCAACCGAGUGAUAACAAAUCGACAGAUAGGCUUGAAAACCGAGAUUAUUGGAAAAGGGAAAUCGUCGAGAUCACAGCAGGCGACCCGACUACCGACAGCACUUUGCACGUUCCGAAUUAUGGGAUAGAUUGUGUGAACGAGAAGGAAUGCGAAUCGGUCCGCGCGGAGACGACACCGAUGCCGACGUUCAGGCCUUACUCUCAAGAAGAGCUCAACGUCUUUCUUAAAAAGUACGUCGAGACUAACGGCAAAUAUCCCGACCAGCCGACGAAUAAACUGGCCAACCUUUACAUGGACGAGCCCGUCAACGUUUUAGAAGGUUCUAAAGAGUCGGGUAAAACGCAAGAAAAGUCGAAAUCGUGGCAGUUGAUGCAGGCUCACGCCCACAACCACCCUUACGACGACAAAACCGGAUGGGUGACUCUCGAACCUAUCCCCUGGUCGGCGAGCCAAGUGCAGAAAUGGGAGCCGAACAACCGUCCACAGACUCCACAGUGGGAAAAACCCGGAUAUCAACAGCAAUACCAACAGCAAACGUCAAGCCCUCCGUGGAAUAAACCUAAUAAUAAAUGGCAAGACAGACCGUGGAGCAAUAAACCGACUUACGAGUACCCUUCGAGCCCCAAACCCCAGUCCAACUGGAACGACAACAAGUUCAGCAGCAAACCCUCGGGGUGGCCGAGCGAUAAUUGGGGAUCCAGUUCGGACAUAAUAACAGACGGGGGUCCGUCGCAUUUCCCCAGCGAUCCUCCGAAGAAGCCCACUUGGUACGACAGGCCCCACACGGAAAUUGUGUACCACGAAGGAAAAGAACCUUACCAACCCAAUUCCAACCCUUCAGAAGGGGACGGACACUGGGUCCUUUUGUCGAGCACCAAGGGUUACUCAGUCCCGCACAGAAACAGGGCUUUCCAACGGGCCCUCUUGAUCAACUCGCAGUCGCCCACGAAAAACGGAGUUCCGUCGGUAAAAUCCCACAGGAGUGUUAGGUUAACGGUCCUUCCUCCUAUGAACGGUACAAACACGACGACUUCGCACGGAGGCCUCCUGGAAGUCGAACAGACGUUUCAGACGGUAGACGAGGCUCAAAGAGAACACGCUGCCAAAAUGUUGCGCUUAGAAACUGUCAACAGGACAUCGUCCGGGCCGCCCCCGCCACCCCCAGUCGCGGCGAAGAGAUCGGGGACGGCCGUCAGGGUUUACCCUAUUAGAUCUCCGCAGUCGCAGGCCCGCGGAAACGCCGUUCUGGCGGCGGUCGGGGCCGGGAUGGUGCCCGCGACGAUGGCCAUGCUCCUGCCCAUGGUCCUCGGAAAACGACGUAGGAGGAGCAUCGAGCAUCCCUUCAACGUUUUCAGACCCAAUCAUUUAUUUAACGACUAACAUAACAUAACUUUUUUACUGCUAAUGUACAA